AGAGUCAUUCUAGCUAGUCAGACCCUAAAUUAUAAUAAAGUACAAUGCAUCAGAAAGUAAAUUCUUUUCAUGUAACAAAUGAGGGAAAUAAUGUUGGCGAACUUAAUGAUGACAUAUUGUUAGCCUUGGGGGACGAAGUGGAAUUGCCACAAACUACGGGCCCCUCUAUCCAACAGGAUGUAGCCGACAGAUGGAAAACGGUAAUUAAUAAAGAAUUGGAAGAUGAAAAGAGGCGUGAUAUUAUGAAAAAGUACCCUCCUCCGGAGAAUGCCCAUAAUUUUGGAGCCCCAAAGCUAAAUGCGGUGGUUAAACAAGCUGUUGUGGAUUCGGUAGCAAAAAGAGAUUCUCGUCUCAGUUGUCAGCAGGCUCAAGUAGGAUCUGGCUUAUCUGCAAUUGCAAUUGUUAUUUCAGACUUAUUGAAAACAGAGGGAGGAAAUACAGAACUAAUAGAAAAAUUAAGCGAUGCGGGACGCCUUUUGUCGGAUGUCCACCAUACACUCAGUGUAUCUAGAAAGGAGCUUGCCAUACUAAACUUGAAUAAGGAAUGGAAAGAGACUCUAAUUGAUUCUCCUGUUGAUGAAUGGCUCUUCGGGGAGGAUUUGGAAGAAAGAUUAAAAGCUGCAAAGAGUCUACAGUUUUCAUCCAAGCAAUUGAAAAUAGUUAAAGCGCCACAGCCAAAGAAAACUAUUUCAAAAAAUACUUUAAACUACAGAAGUCCAUCCAGUUAUCAACGGGGAGCCAAACUAGGUGGACGAUAUCGCCAAGAUCCCAGCAAUCAGAAUCCCAGCAAUCCGGGUUCCAGCAAGCAGUACAACUCUCGGUACAAUCGCCAGGGGGAAUAUCCUCGACUGGGUCAAUACAAGAAUGCGAAGAAAUACCGCAAGUAUUAGAAUUCCACAUCCGCUAUCGGAACACAUUUCACUGAUGGCAGGUCGAUUAUCCGGGAAGCGCUUAAGCUAGGCAAAGUGCCAACCGACUCCUUGGAGAUUUGCA